AUGUUAUUGAUAACAGUGACGUAUGGUUUGCUCGCGAGAAUUUUCAUUUAGUCACAAUAAGCAGAUUACUUUCGUAUAGGAGUAUGCUGAUUGUCUCGAAUACUAAAUAGUGCCAAGGAUCUCAGUUCAUCUCCUAAACGAAUGCUCAGAGUGCUGGAUUUUUUUUUUAAAUUUGAAGGGGCAUUACUAGGAAAUCUAUUCACCGUCUGUACCUUUUAAACAGUUUUUUUCUUUAUUCAUAUUUCUUUAAUCGUCUGAUUAGCACCUUGGUGGGUUCCAUUCUGUUUUAUUUUUCUUGAAAAAGGCUUCUUCACCUAGACCCCCCCCCCCCUCCCCCCCUUCUUUAGAAUGACAAUUUCUCUUUCUAGCUUGGCCUGGCAUGGUGCUUCAUCAUCUAGCUCGCAGUUUCUCUGUCUACAGUCUCAUCUAUCUACAGUCUCAUCUUGUUUUCCCAUGAAUAAGAGGAGGAAGAAAACUCUCGAAAUCACGAUAAAACAGAAGGAAAUUAGUUUAACGGGAUAGUGUUCUUCAAACUUCAUGAAUUCAGAUCCCGUUCAAUGAAUCGAAAUGAAAGUCAUUUCUAAGGCAUCACUUGAGAUUGUGGUAUAAUUUGUCAUUUUGUUUUCCUGUGAAUAAGAGUAGGAAGAAGGAAAAACUUGAAGUCAUGAUAAAACGGAGGCAAAUUAGUUGAGCAGGAUAAUGUUCUUCAAGCAUCUUGAAUUCGUAUUCUGUUUAAUGCAUCGUAAUGAACAUCAGUUCUAAGGCAUCAUUUAUGUAAUAAAUUCUCCAGCUUGAUAAUAUUCGAGGACCCUCCUUUGUUCACAGGUUGUCAAAGAGUGGCCAGGAUUGCCCAGAGGAGUGAAGUUUGAUCCGUCCGAUCAGGAGCUUCUCUGGCAUUUGCUUGCUAAAGUUGGGAAGGGGGAUCCAAAGCCCCACCCCUUCAUUGAUGAGUUUAUCCCAACCCUCGAAGAAGAUGAUGGGAUCUGCUACACUCAUCCGCAGAAGCUACCAGGUCAUUACACGGACGAAUAACCCACCAUUUCCCCUCCCUUUUAUCUUCUUUCUCCUGUACUCUGUAUGAAACAGUGAGGUGCCCCUUUCAGGAGUGAAGAAAGACGGAAGUGUCUCCCACUUCUUCCACAGGACAUUCAAGGCAUAUAACACCGGGACUAGGAAGCGUCGGAAGAUCCAGGGUGACGACCUUGGGGACGUCCGCUGGCAUAAGACCGGCAAAACAAAGCCCGUCAUGGUGGAUGGAGCCCACCUGGGAUGUAAGAAGAUCAUGGUCUUGUACAUGAGUCCAGUGAAGGGUGAAAAGCCCGAGAAGACAGGCUGGGUCAUGCACCAGUAUCACCUUGGGAUUGACGAGGACGAGAAGGACGGAGAGCUUGUCGUCUCAAAGCUAUUCUAUCAGCAGCAGUCCAAGCCAAAUGAGAGGAAUGAAGCAGGGCUGCCCGCUGACCUGUUAGAAGGACCCAGAAAGGAUGCUGAACCUAUCCCCUGCCCCAAGUCUGCGACCCCCGAUCCCCCUGCUGAGAAGCGAUGUCGUGAUCCCGGUUCUAUGCAUUCACCAGCCCAAGUAACUCCCCUUUUCUGCUGACUUCAGCUUCUUGCUCACUCUUAUAAUUAUUUUGCUGCAUAAAUGUGAAAACUAUAUCGAACACUAGCCUCCCACCUAACCCAGGAAGGCUGGGUCAUGACCCAUCUGCCCUCUGUAUUGUCAUUUUAGAUUCCUGCUUAAUUGAAUUCUGGGUUCUUCAAUGCAGGUGACAGCAAAUGAUGAGGUGACGUUGACUGUUAAAGAUUGUGUCCAGCCUGACUGUGAAGAGAUUGAUGAUCAUGGUAGCCUAGCCAUGGUUGAAGAGAAGAAUGGGACUGAGAAGGGAGACAUGGAAAAAGCAGAUCGAUCUGAUGGUGGGAAGAUCAAUCAUCAAGAGGAUGAUGCCACUGUGGAGGAUCCAAAAUGGUGGGAUGGCGAGUCUCAGUUUCUCUUGGACUCUCAGCAGCUGGCUGAAGGCAUGGCGUUGUGCGAGGAGUUCCUUCAGAGUCAGUCUUCAUGUGAAGAUGGCGUAGCAAAAUCGAGCAAGCCCUGCCUAGCCGACUACGCCAAGAUAGGUGUCGAGAAUCUUAAGAAGGAUCUUGAGGAGUGCCAGAAGAUCAGUGGUUUGGAUCUUGCCAACGUUGACCUCGACACACCUCCUGACGUGAGAUUGAGUCAACUUGUAAGCUCUGAUAGCUUUCCGCCGGUUCUAACAAUCUGCUCUUGCUGAUCUCUGGAUGAACAAAAUUUCUUUUGUCGGUAUUUGCAGGAGUUCGGAUCUCAGGACAGCUUCCUUGCUUGGGGGGACCCCAAAGUUGCUGACUAA